CGAGGCAGUUUAGUGUGACAGCAGCCACGCCGAGAUAAGCGCGUCGGUGCCGCCACAGACAACACGCCCUCUCCGGCACUCGACACACACCGCGUCGCACGCUGGCUCCCAGCCCCAGGACGGCCGCCACGCAAGGGGCGCGCGACGGUGCGCGCUCGCCGCAACAGCGACCAGCGCGCGCACCGGAGAAGGGGACCAUGCAGUUCGUGUCCGUGGACGUGGGGACGCAGAGUGUCCGCGCCGCGCUCGUCACCGAGAAAGGACGCUUCCUGAAGACGGCGUCGCGGCCGCUGGAGACGUGGAACCCGCAGCCGGAGUUUUACCAGCAGUCGUCCGACCAGAUAUGGAAGGCCUGCUGCGAGGUCGUCAAGGAGGUAUGCCGGGAUGCCAAGGAUGUGCGCGGCAUCGGCUUCGACGCCACCUGCUCGCUUGUGCUUCUGGACGACGCCGGUCGGCCAAUCACCGUCAGCCCCAAAGGUGAACCGGAACAAAACGUCGUGCUAUGGAUGGACCACCGUGCCGUAAAGGAGGCCGAAGCCAUCAGCGCUACAGGACAUUCCGUACUUCGGUUCAUCGGGGGAACGAUGUCGCCUGAGAUGCAGCCGCCAAAACUACUGUGGCUCAAACAGAACCUGCCUUCAACGUGGGAGCGCCUAGGCCUCGCCAUGGACCUGCCUGACUUCCUGACGUGGCGCGCCACAGGCUGUGCGUCACGCUCUCUCUGUUCAGCGGUGUGCAAGUGGACCUAUCAGGCGGGCUCAGCGCCGGGCUCGGACAUGGAGCCCGGCUGGCAGGAAUCCUUCUGGAUUCGUAUCGGCCUCGAGGACCUGACGCGUGACAAAUAUCGCAUCAUAGGACAGGAGUUCUGGCCUCCCGGUGCUCCUUGCGGCCGCGGGCUCAGCAUGGAAGCGGGGCUGCAACUGGGGCUAAAGAAAGGCACGCCCGUCGCCACAUCUAUCAUCGACGCACACGCCGGAGGCCUUGGCCUGCUUGGUUGCGAGGCUGAAGGCGAAUUUUGCAAGUCGUUCUCUCGUCGCCUGGCCAUAAUCGCCGGAACAUCCACCUGUCACAUGCUGGCGAACGAGAACUGCAUCUUUACUCCAGGCGUGUGGGGCCCCUACUUCUCAGCCAUGGUUCCAGGCAUGUGGUUGAGCGAAGCGGGGCAAAGCGCUGCCGGGGCAUUGGUGGACCACGUGAUUUCUACGCAUCCGGCAUACCCGGAAAUACAGGCGAAAACGAAGCCAGGCCGGAGGCCGGAGGACACACUCAACGCUUUGCUGCGGACAAUGUGCGAGCAACGCGGCCUCGAUUCCCCGUCGCAGCUGGUGGCUGACGUGCACGUGUGGCCCGACUUUCACGGCAACCGGUCGCCGGUCGCCGAUCCGAGCAUGCGGGGCAUGAUAAGUGGGCUGACACUGUCGGCUGGUGAAGAGGACCUCGCGAAGCUGUACCUUGCUACUCUGCAGGCACUUGCGUACGGGACACGCCACAUCAUGGAUGCACUGGCUGACACGGGUCACUCGGUGUCUAGCCUGCUCAUGUGCGGGGGCUUGGCCAAGAACCCACUCUACGUUGAGCUGCACGCAGACGCAACGGGAUUGCCGGUGUUACUACCCUCCGAGACAGAGUCGGUGCUGUUAGGUGGCGCCAUCCUGGCGGCUAGCGCAAGCGGUCGCUACUCUAGCGUCACGGAGGCUAUGCUUCGGAUGGGUGGCUCGGGCAAAGUGUUGGCGCCGCGUUCCAGCGAGCGGCGGUUCCACGACGCCAAGUACGCCGCUUUCCGUGCGCUCCUCGACUGCCAGCUACGUCUGAGGGAGAUCAUGUCGCCCGGCGGGAGACCACCGUCCUCGUGUUCUUGACCUUAGUUCAUUUCUACGACCUCAACACAGCCCUCUAACUCGACAUCAAGAGGAAGAAUACCAAUGCGCGGUGUCGACGGAGGCCUACUUGUCGCUCAGUAGCGAAGUCAAGCAAAGAGACCUUUUUUCUUACUCGCGCGGGCGGCAGAUAUCUUCGUGAUGAGCUUAUUCCAGCGUUAUUCUACAUUCCCAGUUGUAAGUGGUAAAAAAAAACUAAAAAGAGCGCAAGCAGUCUGAAUGUGAAUGCUUUAUUAUUUGGCAUGCGCACUCCCUGCUGCUUCUUUUCUAAUAUGAUUUACUGCCUAACGUACUAUAUCUGAGUCUGAUAAGCAAUGCUAUUUAGGCGUUACGCUCCUGAACGUGUUCGUGCUUACUACGUCACAGCCUUUUGUUCUAAAGCAACGCGUCAGUGGGUCGAUGCCUAAGUCACUCUAAUAAUUUUGUAGUUUCAUGUUAUCUGCGCAGAUUGCGUUACCGCUAUAACGAGCUAAAGUUGUUACAAAAAAGCGUAUGUGUACAUGUGCUGUAGCCACUACUGACUACGCCACACAUACUACACAUGCCUAGCCUUGCUUCUAUCUCCAACACACUACGAGGAUUUUCAUUGUCGUUAAUUUCACAUACGUCUUUUCUACCCAGUUUUUAUAAUAUUCUUCCGUCUCGUCACAUUGCUUGCUAUCUGCUACAUGAGGCCACAACAACUUCCUAUUUGCGAAAACAAGUAAAAAUAUGUUCCGGGAUGCGAUUCUAAUUGGAUUGUCAUUGGUGCCUGCUUGCAGCGAUUGCACGCUGAUUCUUGGCGUGGCAAGCUGUUUGCUGCUCAGCUGGACAAUCGUGAGGGCCAACCACGAAUGGCGUAGUAACGCUUUCUCAUAUAGGUUUCAGGGAAAACCGGUUCUAUUGUUUCUUGAGUGCUGACGUUGCUUAACAUUCAUUGCGGUAAAGUGAUCCUCCUUGAGGAGACGAUAAUGUUGGCAUUCAUAAAACAAGCGCCUGAAUAAUACCUUUUCUCGUAUUUUUUGGCAGUACAAAUAAUUUUUCCUGUAAGAACAGAUGGUGUGGUGGGGUGAUGUCGGUGAUAAACCAGUUUAGAUAUGUAUGGGCGUAAAAGUUGCUCUUAGAGGGCGAGAUUUGUAACAGGAAAACAGCCGUUUUAUGCAAGUAGUGGUGUCUAUUGCAAGGUGAAGAUUGGAAUGUGAAGUAAGCUUUUCAGCGCAGUCAAAAGAUCCAUGCACUAACCUACUUGGACUAUGUAAAUCGACAAAUAGUUUGAUGAUUUUUUAUAACGAAAGCUGCCUUCAAAUGUCCACUGUGUAUUUGCAGCAUGAACAAUUUACGACACUGUUUGAUUUUACGUGAUGGUGCGCCAACCAAUGCCCACAAAACUAGCGCUCGGAAAUUUCAACGACCGUGACAUUAAUUAUCAGUCUCUGCGACUAAGUCGUUCCGGUGAUGCCUCCAUGAGCGGAAGUUAGGCAACAUUGCAAAUAAUGACCAUUUUGAUGUACCCGUUCAAGGAGAGUACCUCUGAAGUAAGAAAAUUUAUAUCUGACAAAAUAGAGCAUAGCUUUCCAAUUGGUCUACUGGUGUCAUUAAUUCCAUGAGUUGAUUAUGUUGAAAUAUGACAUAAGCAAAGGCACCCAAGUGUCCAAUGACGAUUGGCCGACGUGCUUGAUGCAGCCUUUUGCUUAUGGCUGCAAUAAAGCUAAUUUCAGGGAAGAGCUCUUCUAAACAAAUGGCUUUGUCUGUCGCACUUCUUGGCACACUGCACACAAUAAAAACGUUCUGCGCAUACCUGUUCUCUACAAGCUACUUCAUCUAUGCACAAAAACAUUGAGCGUGACUUGAACGAAAGGUGUUCAUUACUUUGAAAACUCUGUGCUAUUCGUUGUUAACUCACACAGCUCAGUUGAAAAAAUGAACCGAACCACAAGACGGUACACGAAAAAUACUUCAUGCACGAUUGCGAUGUUAUGGUUUGUUAGGUUGACGAAAUAUUAUAAAUAUAAUUAUUUCUGUAUAGGUAUACAUUGCCAUAUGGCAACAAACAUGUUGUACAUCUGGGAAAUGCUGCGGGUGCUGCCGCAACAUAUCUAGACAAUUCGUGUGAAAAGGCGUUUUCAUGAACUUUGAUUUCACGAAAUGUUUACCGUCAGGAGCCGAAGCUACUCAGAAGCACACGAAGUAUGGGCGAAUGACCCUGUAUAAACUGCGUGGUGAUAUUCAUCUGCUGUUGACGAUAACCAACGGACCAAUAAUCUGAUCAGAAUAAACAGAACUAUAUU